AGAGGGUGCGUUGAUAAGUGGGUGUCACUUUUGAUGUUGAAUAAUGGUGUGUGUUUGUGUGUGUUUGUGUGUGUGUGUCCAACUUCAUAAAUCUUUACUCUUUGAAGGUCACACUCUGCAUUAUAAACUGAUUCAAUAAUAAAAACAAUGAGUAACGAGAACCAGAACAAAAGCUCUCGCUCAGGUUGUUUAUGUAGGUGCACUGCAGCCAUGGGUAUAAGUAUUAGCAGUAGUGCAGGAGUGGUCAUUUUAGCAAGUCAUUACAGCACACAGGAGGCGCUGGGAUUAAUCAUGCACUCUGAGUGCUAGGAUGGCUCCUUAUCCUCCUCCGAAUGGGGAGGAGGCCUCAGUAGUAGAAACAGACCAGCUGGAGUCCAACUCCAACAUAUCUGAAGAGCGGAGAGGACAUGGAUGAAGCAGCAGCAGGAUGGACUUCAAAGAAUGGCAAAAUACUUUGGUCUCUCAAACACUGAGGUGGUCAGCUAUGUCCCAGCAGCCAGAGGUUUGAUCCUGUCACUAUGCCGCCGUCCGGAUCAGUGACUCGGCGUCCAGCUUUUCACUGCUGCUGACAGAUGAAAUCCUGCAGCAUAUUGUGGCAAUGACAAACCUGCAUGGGAGAAGUUCAAUCACAGACUGGCGAGAUGUGGACACAGAGGAACUGCAGGCUUAUGUGGGCUGCUCAUUUUGGCCGGUGUUUACAGGUCAAAAAAUGAAUCAAAACUCAGCCUCUGGAGUGAGAAAUCAGGGCGAAGCAUUUUCCGGGCUACAAUGUCCCACAAGAGGUUUCACCACAUCAGCUGAACACUGCGGUUUGACGAUAAGCUAUCCCGACACAGACGCCGUGAUGACAAGCUUGCUGCCUUCUGCAAAAUCUGGGAUAUAUGGAUGCACUGCCUGCUGAUGCUCUUCAGCCCAGACAUGGACAUCUGUGUGGAUGAACAGCUCAUCCCAUUCAGAGGCAGGUACAGCUUCAGGCAGCACAUGCCAAAAAAGCCGGCCAAAUAUGCAAUAAAGAUCUGGGCAACCUGUGAUGUCAAAACAUCCUACGCCUGGAAACUGCAGGUGUACACAGGUAAAGCAGCUGGCAAUCCUGCUGAAGUCAACCAGGGGAUGAGGGUGGUCCAGGAGAUGACAGAGGGGCUCCAGGGACACAUCAUUACCUGUGACAAUUUUUUCACCUCCUUCGCACUGGCAGAGAAGCUUCUUAGGAUGAAACUGGCCCUGGUUUGCACAAUUUGCCGAAACAGGCCUGAGCUUCCCCUCAAUUGCUCCAGGCAAUUCUCCUCCACCCUCGACGGGGCAAGAAUUUGCUGCUCCUAAGCACAAAACACCGCAGUCCAGACAUAAACAAAAUGAAGAGAAAGCCCAUGAUAAUCAAGAUUACAACAGAUGCAAAGGAGGUGUCGACAACCUUGAUAAGAAGGAGACAAAUCGAGUGGCCAAUAGCCCUCAUCCACAACCUGGUUGACAUUUCACUUUACAAUGCUACGUCCUGUGGACAAUCGAGCCAUCCUGGCAGCAGCAGAAACCAUACAGAAGGAGGCUCUACAUUGAAGAGGUGGGAGAAACGCUGGUGACCCCACACAUCCAAAAGAGAGGGCAUCUUCCCCGCUCAUCAGCUGCUGCAGGAAUGGUUGCAGAUAUGCAGGGUGCUGCUGCAGGCCCGUCUCAUUCAUCAGUGAAAAGGAAAAGAUUAGACCUAUCUGAACUCAGCUGUGUGUCCAUGAAGAGUGAUCGGUCAAUGAACCGUCCCAUAUACUUCAGAGGAAGCGCUUCUUCUACUGAUCUGAGAAACCAAGAGAAAUUCAAGAAAUCAGAAAGAAGUAACAGAAAUAAGUUGGACAUUUUCGAGGAGCUGGAGCAGAAGGUCAUCACUCUGUUGAAGAAUGAGCUGAAUAAAUAUGAGAAAAUACUGAGUGCAGAUUACCCAGAAUACCCUGAGGUGAAGGAUAAGGAGGAUCAAUGUAGUUUCAGAGAGGAGGUGCUGAAGAUCACACUACAUGUCCUGAAGAAGAUGAACCAGACAGAUUUAGCCAACACACUGCAGACCAAGCUGAUCUCUGUUUAUCAGAAGAACCUCAAAAGCAACCUGAUAGAGAAAUAUAAAAGAAUUAAUGAAGGAAUCUCACAGCAUGGAUCAUCAGUUCUCCUGGAUCAGAUCUACACUGAGCUCUACAUCACAGAGGGUUCGAGUGGAGACGUCAAUAAUGAACAUGAGGUGAGACAGAUUGAAACGACAUCCAGGAGACCAACAACACAGGAGAAACCCAUCAAAUGUAACGACCUCUUUAAAGACACGUCCAUCAGAACUGUGCUGACUAAAGGAGUUGCUGGAAUUGGAAAAACAGUCUCUGUGCAGAAGUUCAUUCUGGACUGGGCUGAAGGAAAAGCCAAUCAGGACGUUCUCUUCAUGUUCCCACUUCCCUUUAGAGAGCUGAAUCUGAUGAAGGAGAAACAUCUCAGUCUGAUGGAGCUUCUUCAUUAUUUUUUCCCAGAAUUUAAAAGAAUAAAAACAAUAAACUGCAGCACCUACAAGAUCAUUUUCAUCUUUGAUGGUCUGGAUGAGUGUCGACUUCCUCUAAACUUCCAGAACAAUGAGACUGUGUGGGAUGUAACAGAAUCAGCCUCAGUGGAUGUGCUGCUGACAAACCUCAUCAAGGGGAACCUGCUUCCCUCUGCUCUCUUCUGGAUCACCUCUCGACCAGCUGCAGCCAAUCAGAUCCCUCCUGAGUGUGUAGCCCAGGUAACAGAGGUACGGGGGUUUAGUAAUCCUCAGAAAGAGGAGUACUUCAGGAAGAGGAUCAGUGAUGAAGACCUGGCCAGUAAAAUCAUCAAACACAUGAAGUCAUCAAGAAGCCUCUACAUCAUGUGUCACAUUCCAGUCUUCUGCUGGAUUUCAGCCUCUGUUCUAGAGAGAAUGCUGGGUGAAGCAGAGGGUGGAGAGAUCCCCAAAACUCUGACUCAAAUGUUCACCCACUUCCUGAUCUUUCAGAUCAAACACAAGGAACAAAAGUAUCAUGGGAAAUGUGACCCCAACCCUCACCAGACCAGAAAGUUGAUACUGGCACUGGGAAAACUGGCUUUCCAACAGCUGGUGAAAGGAAACCUGAUCUUCUAUGAAGAAGACCUGAGAGAGUGUGGUAUUGAUGUCAGAGAAGUGUCAGUGUACUCAGGAGUGUGCACCCAGAUCUUCAGAGAGGAGUUUAGGUUACACCUGGGGAAGGUCUUCAGCUUUGUUCAUCUGAGCGUCCAGGAGUUUCUGGCUGCUUUAUUUGCAUUUAGCUGCUUCAUCAGCAAAAAUCCAACAGAACAACAAACCACUGAUCUGUCUGAUCUGUUCACCAAGUCCAGCAUGUCUGAUUUCCUCAAGAGUGCAGUGGACAAGGCCUUACAGAGUGAGAAUGGACACCUGGACCUUUUCCUUCGCUUCCUUCUGGGUCUCACACUGGAGUCCAAUCAGACUCUCUUACAAGACCUACUGACACAGACAGGAAGUAGCUCUCACAGUAAAGAGGAAGCUGUGGAGUACAUCAAGGAGAAGAUCAGGGAGAAUCCCUCACCAGAGAAAUCCAUCAAUCUGUUUCACUGUCUGAAUGAACUAAAUGAUCAUUUUCUAGUGCAGGAGGUCCAGACUUACCUGAACAGAAUAGGAUCUGAUUAUGUAAUUGAUGAUUCUGAUUGUCUCAGUAGAAUCAGUCUCUCUCCUGCUCAGUGGUCAGCACUGGUGUUUGUGUUGUUGAACUCAGAAGAAGAUCUAGAGGAGUUUGAUUUAAGGAAAUAUUACAGAUCAGAUAAAGGUCUUCUGAAGCUGCUGCCAGUGGUGAAAGAAUCCAGAAGAGCUGAGUUGGAUGAUUGUUCUCUAACAGAUGAAAGUUGUGCAGCUCUGUCCUCAGUUCUCAGUUCAAACUCCAACAAUCUGAGAGAUCUGAACCUGAGUUACAAUAAGCUGCAGGAUUCAGGAGUGAAGCUGCUCUCUGCUGCACUGAAGAAUCCACACUGUACACUGGAGAUACUGUGGUUGGCUGGUUGUUCUCUAACAGGUGAAAGUUGUGCAGCUCUGUCCUCAGUUCUCAGUUCAAACUCCUCCAAUCUGAGAGAUCUGAACCUGAGUAACAAUAACCUCUAUGAUUCAGGAGUGAAGCUGCUCUCUGCUGCACUGAAGAAUCCACACUGUACACUGGAGAUACUGUGGUUGUAUCGUUGUUCUCUAACAAAUAAAAGUUGUGCAGCUCUGUCCUCAGUUCUCAGUUCAAACUCCUCCAAUCUGAGAGAUCUGAACCUGAGUAACAAUAAGCUGCUGGAUUCAGGAGUGAAGCGGCUCUCUACUGCACUGAAGAAUCCACACUGUAAACUGGAGAUACUGAGGUUGGAUGGUUGUUCUCUAACAGGUGGAAGUUGUGCAGCUCUGUCCUCAGUUCUCAGUUCAAACUCCAACAAUCUGAAAGAUCUGGAUUUGAGUCACAAUAAGCUGCAGAAUUCAGGAGUGAUGCUGCUCUCUGCUGCACUGAAGAAUCCACACUGUAAACUGGAAAAACUGUGGUUGAUGGACUGCAGUAUUACAGAUGAAGCUUUUAUAUCUUUGGCUUCAGCUCUGAGAUCAAACUCCUCAUCACUCCUGAAAGAACUGGAUCUGAGGGGCAAUAAACCAGGAGAAUCAGGAGUGAAGCUUCUCACUGAUCUACAGAAGAAUCCUCACUGUAAACUGGAGAAACUAUAUAUAUACUGACACAGCCCUCCAACCCGUGUGUUGCCAGCAUGUAUCCUGAUGAAACGUUUCCAUUAGACAGCUGAAGCUCCGCCAUGGGCAGAACAGAGUUCAGAAGCUCCUCAUCCCUUCAAUCUUCUAGUGAUUGUCCAGAAUGUUUCCGCACAGUUAAAUUUACCAAACUAUUAGAAAUCCCAAUUAGAUGUCUGGCAAGGUCUCCAUUAAUCAACUUAAUCAGUUUUUAAUAACCCUGAUCUUGAAAAGUUACAAUAAUCACAGUGAACUUUUACUGGCUGCUUCAAGGAAUCCAACAUUCAUUAGAAAUCUGUAUCCAUGGCAAUAUAAAUAAUGAACUUAGUUUUAAAACAAAUUGCUUUUACAUGUAUUAUUAUAUUGUACUAUUACCUUAGCACUGGUGCACUUCAGGCACACUUCUUUCUUUGCACCAAUAACUACACCCCUGAAGACCGGCCUGUCAUGCUCCCUAAGUUUGCAUACGGCACCAAUGGAUCUCUCAUGCCUUGGGUCUGUUCAAUCUCAGGAUUUUACAACCCCAAAAGAGUGUAGCGGAACACUGAUAAAAAAGGAAUCCAUGGAUUAUUUUAUUCUUAAAAAUUCUUCAGUUUUCUGUAUUUAGAUUAACAAUUACAUUUUCGGCAUUUAGCAGAUGCUCUUAUCCAGAGUGACUUACAGAAGAGAUUCCAUAGUAAACAUUUAAUUUCUCUAGUUUAAGUAAACAACAGUCCAAGAACACAAAUCUGCUGAAACCUGAAACCAAAGUGUUUUUUUUUUUUUGGUUUUUUUUUAGGAAAUGGAAAAAGUGUUAGUAAAUAAGUACAAGUCAGCUUAAGUAUUUAGUAAAGAGGUGAUGAAGGUUUUUAAUCAUUUUUUAAAGACAGCAAGAGACUCAGAUGUUCGGACAGAUAGAGGAAGUCCAUUCCACCACUUGAACGAGAACAGAGAAAAGCCUUGAUGCUGGUCUUCCUCGAGUCCUGGGUGGAGGAUCAAGUCGAGCGAGACUGGUGGCUCGGAGGUUGCGUGGUACAGAACGGGGUUUGAUUAGGCCAUGAAGGUAGCUUGGGGCUGGUCCAUUUUUGGCUUUGUAGGUGAGCAUCAGUGUUUUAAAGGAAGCCAGUGAAGAGAACGCAGCAGUGGGGUGAUAAUGAGGCAGCAGUGGGGUGAUGUGCCAGUGUUUGGGUUGGUUAAAAACCAGGCGAGCAGCUGCAUUUUGAAUGAGCUGCAAGGGUUUAGUAGUGGACAUGGGAGCUCCAGCCAGAAGGAAGUUGCAGUCGUCCAACCGUGAGAUUACAAGUGAUUGAACCAGAAUCUGAGUAGCUUCCCUGGAGAGAAAUGGUUGAAUCUUCCUGAUGUUAUACAGGAGGAAUCAGCACCAUCUUGUCAUGUUGGCUACAUGAGGAGAGAAGGUCAGCUGGUUAUCCAGGACAACACCAAGGCUUCUUACCUUAUCAGAUGGUCUAUCAGAGUCAUCCAGAGAAAUUACUAGGUCCUGGGUUAAAGAUUGAUCUCCUUGAGAAUAAGCAACAUCUCUGUAUUGCUGGAAUUGAGUUUUAGAUGAUGAGCUGACAUCCAUUGUGAGAUAUCUCGCAGACAUGCUGAGAUGCAAGCUGAGACUUGUGUGUCUGAAGGAGGAAAUGACAGAAUGAGCUGAGUGUCAUCUGCAUAGGAGUGGUAAGAGAAGCCAUGGGAGGCUAUGACCUUACCCAGAGAGCGGGUGUAGAUAGAGAAUAGAAGUGGGCCAAGUACAGAGCCCUGAGGAAUAACAGUUGAGAGAGUGCAUGGAGGGGAUAUAGAUCUCCUCCAUGACACUUGGUAAAAGCGCCUUUCCAGGUAGGAAGCCAUCCAUUGCCAUGCUGAACCUGUUACUCCAAGGUUGGAGAGAGUGGACAGGAGAAUGCUGUGAUUCACUGUGUCGAAGGCUGCAGAGAGGUCAAGAAGAAUGAGGACCGAUGACAGUUUGGCUGCUUUGGCUGCAUGAAGCUUCUCAGUAACAGCUACAAGUGCUGUUUCCGUAGAAUGUGUUGCCUUGAAACCAGACUGGUAUGGAUCGUGGAGGUCAUUCUGAGUAAGAAAGGCAGAUAGUUGGUUAUAGACAGAACGUUCAAGAAUUUUGGAUAGAAAAGAGAGGAGUGAGACAGGUCUGUAGUUGUUAAUGUCUGUAGUGUCUAGUGUAGGUUUCUUAAGAAGGGGAAUGACCUGAGCCUUCUUAAAAGCAGUAGGGACAACACCUGAUGACAGGGUGUUGUUGAUGAUGGGUGUGAUGAAGGGGAUUAGGUCCAGUGAGAUGUCUUUGAGGAUGGUGGAUGGUAUAGGGUCGAGUGUGCAUGUAGUGGGAUUGCUGGAUGAGAGGAGCUGUGUAACCUCAUCCAUGGUGAGUGGGGUGAAGCUGGUGAGUGUGUUGGUGGGUUGAGGGUCAGUUAAGUUGGUCAGUCAGAGAGAAGGAUUGAUUAAUUUUGUCAAUCUUUUCCUGAAAGAAUGUCGCAAAGUCAGUAGCAGUGAGAGAGGCAGAUAGGGGAGGAGGAGGAGGGUUCAGAAGUGAAGAAAAGAUAGCAUGAAGCUUAUGUGGGUCAGCAGCAGAUUGUUCAAGCUUGGCUUUGUAAAUAGAUGUUUUUGCAGCAGUCACGUCGGAUGAGAACCUGGACAGCAGAUCGUGGUAGGAGCGGAGAUCAGCACCGAGCUUAGAUUUCCUCCACCUUCUUUCAGCUGCCCUUAAUUCUCUUCUGUUGCUGCGCAAUGCAUCUGAAAGCCAAGGAGCAGGGUGAGAAGGUUUUCCUCGUUUGAGGGUAAGAGGUCAGAGCUGAUCGAGGGAUGUUGAAAGAGAAGAGAGUAGAGUAUUAGUAGCAGAGUUAAGUGGAAGGGUAGCAAGCAUGUCAGGGUUAGGAAAUGAAGUUAGGAUGUUAGAGAUCAGUGAGGAGGAAGAUAGAGAGUGAAGAUUAGGGUGUGUUUUAAGAGUGUAAGUGUGGUUGGAAGUAGAAAGUGUUGGGAGAUAGAGAGAGAAGGACACAAAGUGAUGGUCGGAGAGGUGAAGUGGGGUGACUGUGAGGUCAAGAGUAGAAAUGGACGGCUGAAGACCAGGUCCAGAAGAUUGCCUCCUUUAUGUGUUGGAGGGCUGUGAUCAAAGAGGAGGUUGAAAGAUUAAAGAAGAGGAAGAAGACAGGAUGACUGAAGUUUGUCUGUAGGGAUGUUAAAGUCACCAAGAACAUUCACAAGAAUAUUCUUCCUAUGGCCCUCUGUUUAUCUUCAAAGAUUUGUAUGACACCAAAGAGAGAGUCUAAAAGCUUCCCCUCCACACCUUGCUAGCAAUCAGCAACAUUUACAACAUUCACCCUUGGAACACUGUCCUUUUUAAGUGUUGGGGAAAAUGUAACAUACCCAAAUAUAUGUAUAUGAUUAUAUGCCAAUUAAAGAUUAAUUAUAGACUGCUGUAGACAAGAAGAAGCAGAAGAAGCGUGAACGAAAGCAAAGACUGCAGACAAGGCAAAGAGGGGUCAAAUGUAGAGGAGAGGAUGUGGCAACUCAGCUGAAUUUUGAAAUCAUGAAUCUAAAAAGGCAGCUCAUUGACACCUGGCAGAGAAUACAACAAACCACAAGACAAGGCUUCCGCCCUAGUCUAGCGAAUACGCUGCAGAUGCAAAUGAGACGCCUACAGCAAAUAACCCAAAGUAUUGAGGCAAGGCGAUGCUUCAUGCAACAAAUAAAUCCCCCUCACAGAGCUAGCCCAUAUGGGUGUUAUGAACAUGAUCUGUCUCAUGAGUUAGCAACAAUGAGAAUGAAUGACUGGUAAAGGAAGUAGUUUUGUAAAAAGUUUAAAAGCACAGUCACGGUGCAUAAUUAAUAAGUGUAAAAAGUUCAAAUAUAUUUGCAUGUUUUAGCUUUAAAACCACAGUCACGGUGCAUAAUUAAUAAGUGUAAAAAGUUCAAAUAUAUUUGCAUGUUUUAGCUUUAAAACCACAAUGUACUUACCUAAAGCUAACCCCGCCUAUGAGGCUAUAAAAAGGAAUGUUCAGGAGUAUAUUUUGUCUUUAAUUUCUUUGAUUGCUUAGAGCAUAGAAUUAUUGACCAUGGUAGGUUCAUUGCUUGAGAUAAAUUGCUUAUAGGGACAUAGAUAUUGUUUGCCUAUUCUUAGCAAUAGUGUGUGUAAUAGAGUAGAAUUCUCAGAGGAGAAUUUAAGUUUCUUUUUCAAGAAUUAUUGUAAUCAGUGUUUUAUUUGUAACUGUUUAUUAUAUUACUUGAGAAAAUAAAGUGAAUGAGAGAUUGCCUCUCAGAUGCGAUAAAAGACAA